GCCCGCCACUUCCGGGGCCGCAGUCCCGGGCAUGGAGCGUCUAGUGUGAGGCGCCUCCGGCCCCGGGACGCCCUGCCCAGCCCGGCCGCCGCCCCGCGCCGGCCCCGAGCCCGGUCCUGUCCCACGCCUGCAGCUGGAAUGGAGGCUUUCUGGACCCUUUAGAAGGACCAGGUGGUGUGUGAGGGUGACAGGACAGCCACUUUGGACUGGGUGCCAGGAACAACCUCUGAAGAGGUGCGACUGGGACGUGGAAGAGAAGAGGAGGCAGGACGUACAGAAAGCAGGGGAGGGCGUCUCAGGCAGCAGAACUGGCUCCCCCACCAUCCUGAGGUUGGCCGAGUGGUUAAUGCGGAAGGUUAAGAAGCUCCGCCUGGAUCACGAGAACACAGAAGGUUGGAGAAGCUUCUCGCUGAAUUCCGAGGGGACAGAGAGCAUGGCUACAGGGGCACCAGUGUCCGACCGGGGUGACACCGUCGAGAUGGAGGACCCGGCAUCCCGCUUCCAGGUGCAGAAGCACUCGUGGGACGGGCUCCGGAACAUCAUCCACGGCAGCCGCAAGAACUCAGGCCUGAUUGUCAACAAGGCUCCACACGACUUCCAGUUUGUGCAGAAGACGGACGAGUCGAGCCCCCACUCCCACCGCCUCUACUACCUGGGGAUGCCUUAUGGCAGCCGCGAGAACUCCCUCCUCUACUCGGAGAUUCCCAGGAAGGUCCGGAAAGAGGCCCUGCUGCUCCUGUCCUGGAAGCAGAUGCUGGAUCACUUCCAGGCCACUCCCCACCAUGGGGUCUACUCCCGGGAAGAGGAGCUCCUUCGGGAGCGGAAACGCUUGGGGGUCUUCGGCAUCACCUCCUAUGACUUCCACAGCGAGAGCGGGCUCUUCCUCUUCCAGGCCAGCAAUAGCCUCUUCCACUGUCGCGAUGGGGGCAAGAAUGGCUUCAUGGUGUCCCCCAUGAAACCCCUGGAGAUCAAGACCCAGUGCACCGGGCCCCGGAUGGACCCCAAGAUCUGCCCUGCCGACCCUGCCUUCUUCUCCUUCAUCAACAGCAAUGACCUGUGGGUGGCCAACAUCGAGACCGGCGAAGAGCGGCGGCUGACGUUUUGCCACAGAGGUUCACCCAGUGUCCUUGAUGACCCCAGGUCUGCAGGCGUGGCCACCUUUGUCAUCCAGGAGGAAUUUGACCGCUUCACUGGCUACUGGUGGUGCCCUGCGGCCUCCUGGGAGGGUCCAGAAGGCUGUAAGACACUACGGAUCCUGUACGAAGAGGUUGAUGAGUCAGAGGUGGAGAUCAUUCACGUGCCCUCUCCCGCACUAGAAGAAAGGAAGACAGACUGCUACCGGUACCCCAGGACAGGCAGCAAGAAUCCCAAGAUUGCCUUGAAGCUGGCCGAGUUUCAGACUGAUAGUCAGGGCAAGAUCGUGGCGACACGAGAGAAGGAGCUGGUGCAGCCCUUCAGCGUGCUCUUCCCCAAGGUGGAGUACAUCGCCAGGGCCGGGUGGACCCGGGACGGCAAGUAUGCCUGGGCUAUGUUCCUGGACCGGCCCCAGCAGCGGCUCCAGCUCGUCCUACUGCCUCCAGCCCUGUUCAUCCCCACCACCGAGAACGAGGAGGAGCGGGUGGCCUUCGCCAGAGCAGUGCCCAGGAACAUCCAGCCGCACGUAGUGUACGAGGAGGUCACCGAUGUGUGGAUCAACGUGCACGACAUCUUCUAUCCCUUCCCCCAGUCAGAGGGAGAGGAUGAGCUCUGCUUCAUCCGUGCCAACGAGUGCAAGACUGGCUUCUGCCACUUGUACAAGGUCACCGCCAUCUUAAAGCCCAGUGGCUACGACUGGAGUGAGCCUCUCAGCCCUGGGGAAGAUGAAUUUAAAUGCCCCAUCAAGGAGGAGAUCGCGCUGACUAGCGGUGAAUGGGAGGUUUUGGCAAGGCACGGCUCCAAGAUCUGGGUCAACGAGGAGACGAAGCUGGUGUACUUCCAAGGUACAAAGGACACGCCCCUGGAGCACCACCUCUACGUGGUCAGCUAUGAGUCGGCAGGCGAGAUCGUGCGCCUUACCACACCCGGCUUCUCCCACAGCUGCUCCAUGAGCCAGAAUUUCGACAUGUUCAUCAGCCACUACAGCAGCGUGGGCACACCACCCUGCGUGCACGUCUAUAAGCUGAGCGGCCCUGAUGAUGACCCUCUGCACAAGCAGCCCCGCUUCUGGGCCAGCAUGAUGGAGGCGGCCAGCUGCCCCCCGGAUUACGUGCCCCCGGAAAUCUUCCAUUUCCACACGCGGUCAGACGUGCGGCUCUACGGCAUGAUCUACAAGCCCCACGCUGUGCAGCCAGGAAAGAAGCACCCCACUGUCCUCUUUGUGUAUGGAGGCCCCCAGGUGCAGCUGGUGAAUAACUCCUUCAAAGGAAUCAAGUAUUUGCGGCUCAACACGCUGGCGUCCCUGGGCUAUGCCGUGGUCGUGAUCGAUGGCAGGGGCUCGUGUCAGCGAGGGCUUCGGUUCGAAGGGGCCCUGAAAAACCAAAUGGGCCAGGUGGAGAUCGAGGACCAGGUGGAGGGCUUGCAGUUUGUGGCCGAGAAGUAUGGCUUCAUCGACCUGAGCCGAGUUGCCAUCCACGGGUGGUCGUACGGAGGCUUCCUCUCGCUCAUGGGGCUGAUCCAUAAGCCCCAAGUGUUCAAGGUGGCCAUCGCGGGCGCCCCGGUCACAGUCUGGAUGGCCUACGACACAGGGUACACUGAGCGCUACAUGGAUGUCCCGGAGAACAACCAGCUUGGCUACGAGGCGGGUUCUGUAGCUCUGCACGUGGAGAAGCUGCCCAAUGAGCCCAACCGCCUGCUCAUCCUGCACGGCUUCCUGGAUGAGAACGUGCACUUUUUCCACACAAACUUUCUCGUCUCCCAGCUGAUCCGAGCAGGAAAACCUUACCAGCUCCAGAUCUACCCCAACGAGAGACACAGUAUCCGCUGCCCCGAGUCCGGCGAGCACUAUGAAGUCACACUGCUGCACUUUCUACAGGAAUACCUCUGAGCCCCCGCCGCAGGGGCUGCACAUUCAGAGCACAAGUGGCUUUGCCGCCAUCGCCGCCGCCGCCGCUGCCACUGGGGGAGCAGGCGGGAGGGCCUGCGGCGCCUCCUCCCGCCGCCCCCUCUGGACAGCACCCCCUCCCCCAGCCUUCGCCUUCGCUGCCCCCCACGCCUUUUCUCAGUUUUGUAAUGCUCCUGGGAUUUUUGCCUGCUGCCUCCCAGUUGCCAGGACGGAGGGAUGAGGCCCCCAUCCAAGAGGCACUUCCUCAGGCCAUCCCCUCCCCUACAUGAGGUCUGGGAGCUGGAGCCUCCACCCCACCGGGCACCCCGGGAGGCCCGAGGACACUGGGCAGGGCGCCCGGUCCUCCGCACCUGGCCGCAAGGAAGCAUGCGUUUGCCGUCCCUUCCAGACCCGCCCACUUCAUAUUGUGUUUUGUUGGGGGGCGUUUUUGAUGAUUAUUUAAGACAAAGCAUAGGGUGCCUAAACCUAGAAUGGGGUCCGCUGCCGGGCCGCGGAGUUCCACCCCGCCAGCACCCAGUUGGGGGUGGGGGGAGCGGUGCGCAGGGCCGCCAGCCUCCCGCCGCCCCCCAGCGUUCAGGCCUGAGCCCCGCGGGUCAGUGUUCGGCCGGCCCGCCCCGCGCACGGCCCCCACGCACACCGCACACCGGGGCUCCCGCCUCGGAGCGGACCCAUCCCCGCCUCAGGGUUAUCCUUCCUCCCUGUUCCUCCCGCCAAGAGUUCUGCCGGGGGCGGGCAAAAAGAAAAAGAAAAGAAGCAAAAAAAGAAAAAAAAAAAAAAAAAAAAAAAAAAAAAAACACCCCACCGGAAACGAACCACCUCUACAUAUUAUGGAAAGAAAAUAUUUUUGUCGAUUCUUAUUCUUUUAUAAUUAUGCGUGUAAGAAGUGGACUCAGUAAACAAUUCCAGAUGGAAGCGCAGCCGCCUGCCUCAGGUUCCUUCCAAGCCUGGGGCUGGGGGUGGGGGUUCCUCUGACCUGGUGGGGUCCCAGGAGGUGCCAGAGCCCUAAGCUACUGGGGCUGCGAGGGCCUCAGGGAGGACGUCGCGGUGACCUGAUGCAGCCCCCGUCAGUCCCCUAGGGACCCAGCCCAGGAUGUCAUGGCUGGCCCGGUCCUCGCUGCAGGCUUCCUCAGGGUGACAGCAUCAGCCAAGAUGCAUGUCCUUCUGGCUGGUUCCUCUGCACUGGCUGCCUUUACUUUGUAUCUCUGCUUGUCCAGAGGCUUGACUCUGUGGUUCCAGGAUCCGGGAUCGCCCACCAAGGAGGGCAGGCCAUUCCCUUUUCACAUUUGCCCUAGCACCCGACACCUAGGGAGACUGGAAGCUGCCUGAGCAGAUGGUACUCUGGCACUGAAGCUCCCAACAGCACGAUGGCCUCUCCUGGCACCUCCACCCUCUCCAUACUCUGGGAAGUUCCGCUUUUAUUUUUAAUGGCUUAACAAAUAAAACUGUAGUGCUUUUAAAAGGAUAUAUAGAGAAAAGAUGCCUUCCCUCCAGAGAGGUGAUCACAUCCCAGUCUCUGUUUUUAACACCUGAAUUCUGUUCCUCCUUGUGAAUGUGCCAGAAUUUAUUUGGCCAGGCACCUAUCAAGGGAUAACCGGUUAUUCUGAGCCUCUUGUUUAAAUCAGUAUAAAUCAGGGGUCAGCCAACUUACUUUGUAAAAGGCCAGACAGUAAAUAUUUUCAGCGUUGUGGGCCAGACAGCCUGAGAAUCCAACUACUCAACUCUGCCCACCUAGUUCAAAAGCAGCCACAAAUGAUAUGUAAAUGAGUGUUUGGCUAUGUGCCAAUAAAACUUUAUUUACCAAACCGGGCAGGCGGCCAGACUUAACCCACAGGCUGAAAUUGACCAACCCCCAGUACAAGUGAUAUGGCAACAAAUAGUCUUAUACAUAUUUUGGACAUAUGUUUGAGUUUAUAGGGUAAAUUCCUAGAAUUAUCAAAAGGCAUACUUGUUUUAGUUUCACAGAGGAUUGCCGGAUUGCCUUCCAAAGAGAACACCUCAAUGUAAACUUCUCCAAGGAGGGUGAAGUGUGCCUGUCCCCCCCACCCCAUUCCUUAACCAGUACUGCCUGCUAUCAAAUAUUUUUAUCAUUGCCAAUCUUAGUGGUCAAAGGUAGCAUCUCACUGUCGUUUGAACUCCCAUUUCUUCCAUGUGUGGGAAUAUUUUCAUGUUUUAAGAUUCUUGUUUUCUAGUAAUCAUCGCCCACCUUUCUUUUGACCUAUUGGCCUCAUUGAAUUGUGGACUCCCUUUAUAUAUGAAGGCAAUCAGCCCCUUGUCAUCCAUAUUGCAAACUGAACAAUGUCGUCAAUCUCCGUGUGUCUUACAGGUAGGAAGCUCAGCGAAGGAAUGUUUAAAAUCAGUCUUGGGAAUAAGAUGUCUUUCAGUUAAACCACUGUGAAAUAAAGAGGAAGAGGAAACUAGUCACAAGUCACAGGAGGACAGAAACAGGUGGCAAAGGGCACUGGGUUUGCUCCAGGAGCCUUGGCAGCUAGAACCUGCAUUUGUCUCAAAGCAGGAGCUCUUCAUCAGGACAUUCUACUCCUGCCUCACUCACUCAGUAGAUUGUCACGAAACAGCAUCCAUUGGCCUAACUUCAGUUGGUCACAUUCCUACCCUGACGAUGAGGCCCAGAAAUGGAAGUGGGGUGCCAACAGGAAGGAGGAUGCAUGAUGGGCAACUCCAAAACAGUAAGUGUCUGUUGGCAGAAGGUCAAGGUCUCAGAGGCGGCAGGUGGAGGCAUUUGUUUCUUCCAGGCUGUGACGUGGGCCACUCUUCACCACUGGUGGAGUGUGGGGGUCCCCAGCACUGUUGGAGGUUGCCUGUGCAUAUGCUUGCCGGCUUUCCCGUUGGAAAAGCUCAUCUCUUCCCUAAUUGGCAAGAACCCCCAUAUGCCUGUGUCAUAUUGGGUGCAGAGACUUCUCGGUCUGUCAUUUGUCUAUCAAACAUGUUUAUGGUAUUUCAAUGAAUAAAAAAACUCUGGACACAUA